UUUACAAAAAAAAAAAAAACAAACUUAUUUUUCAAAAUAAAACCUUCAUUUCCCCAUUUUCUUUUUUUAGAAUACCAAUUUCACCAAGUUUUUAUUCUUCCACAAAGGAAUUACACUGUUACAACAACAAACCAAAGGAUUCAAGUGACUAAAGCUAGGAAUUGGCCAAAAUUUAAUUAUAAAGCCCACGAGAAAUUUAAUACUAAUAUAAUCCCCAUUGUCGAUUUUCAGUUAACCUUUUUGGUUUCUCUCCGCCGGAGGUUUGUCUUCAACAAAACCGUCGACUCUCUUUGCUGAAAUCUUUACCUCUUAAAGACUUCAUUUUCGGAGAGACAAAAGGUAGCCAUGGAAAGGCUUCUAUACUCGUCUUCUCCAACCCCUUUGGAAAUCUCUGGAAAGCCCUCUCCUUUGAGUUAUCGACUCGCCAGAUUCGACUAUCCUAAACUCAAUUUCCUUCCUUCACUCACUCGACCACAACUCAGGCGAGUUAUCUCAGUUUCAUGCAAAUCCGAGAACCCAUCUCGGUUUUCUUCUCCUCAAACCAAUCCACGCAAUGAAUUGCCUUCACUCGGUUCUCCCCGAGUCGAAUCAGCUUAUGGGUCAACACCCAGUUCCAAUUUCCUCAAGCUUAUUGCAAUUGGAGCUUCUGCCCAAAGAAAGGCAAUCACAGCUGGGACGUUUGUAGCUCUCUCCGCCAUUAUCAUGUUCUUAAUCCAACCAAUUUUUGCACCAGCAGCUUUUGCAACCUUUCAAACUGCUGCUAAAACCAGUGGAACUGCAGCUGCUGCUGUCGGUGGCAGAGUAAUCCGCACUGAAAUACUAAGUAGCGCAUGGACUGGUUUCUUUGCUGGUUGCUUACACACUCUGUCAGGGCCUGACCACCUUGCUGCUUUGGCUCCGCUAUCAAUUGGUCGUACUCGAGUGGAAAGUGCUGUUGUUGGAGCUCUGUGGGGCUGUGGCCAUGAUGCUGGCCAGGUUAUCUUUGGAUUACUAUUUCUACUUCUAAAGGACCGACUUCACAUUGAAGUUAUCCGGACUUGGGGUACAAGAGUGGUUGGCUUAACAUUGCUUGCUAUUGGAGCUACGGGUAUAAGGGAAGCUUCAGAAGUUCCUGCCCCUUGUGUUGCCUUAGAAAAUGGUGAGUGUGAUGUCAGCAUUUACGAGACAAUUGAAAACCCAGCAGUUGGGAAAAAGACGAUUGGUUUUGCUACCUUUGCCACAGGGAUCAUUCACGGGUUGCAGCCAGACGCACUGAUGAUGGUUUUGCCAGCACUUGCUUUGCCAUCUCGCUUGGCUGGUGCUGCAUUCCUUAUUAUGUUCUUGCUUGGAACUGUUGUGGCAAUGGGAAGCUAUACAGUGUUCAUAGGCUCAUGCAGUCAAGCAUUAAAGGACAGGGUGCCCAGAAUUACUGAAAAACUUACUUGGGCCUCUUCCCUUGUAGCAAUUGCUCUUGGAAUUGCCAUUCUCGUCAGCCAAUUUUUUGGAUACAGUCUCUAUUGAUCUAACUGACCCAGCAUCAAGAUAUGCACUUUGAGCUUCGUUAGCGUUAGGGAAGGUGUUAGAAAGGAUAUUCAGAUUUGUUUACAGCAAAAUUUAAUCUGCGAAGCAUCUUUGCCUCAUUGAGAAUCAUCAUCUUAUCUUGUUUACUUUAUCAGUAAAGCUGUUCGAAAAAUUCUUUUAUUAUGGUUAAGAUUUCAUGCUUUUUUAA